GACGUGGGGGAGGCGGUUUCCUCCCCCUCGCCCCCCUUACCUCCCUCCCGAGGGACCUGGCUCCCGCCUCGCCCGGCCCUCCCUUCUUCGUCCAGACAUACCGAGGGCGACUCCAUUUUCUUGUGCUGGACUUUCAAACGUUUGUGCCCAAGCUGGUAACCGUCCAACAUCUCAAUCGCCAGCUCGGCCGCCGCCUCCGAGUCGAAGGAGACGAAGCCAAAGCCCCGGCUCCGGCCCGUGCCUUUCUCCACCAUAAUCCGGACGGAAAUGAUGGUCCCGUAGGCACUGAACAGAUUGAAACAGUCCGCGUUGCUGAAAUUGCUGGGAAGGUGGAAGACGAACAAAUUGCAGCCGUCGGGCCCCGAGGUAACCACGUCUCCAUCCCGAACCGUCUGGAUCGGCGCCCCGGGGGACCAGGGAGGGUAACCCUCAGGCCCAGCACAGGCCAAGGCCGCCUCCGAAAAGGCGGUGGGCACCUCGUAGAUGAUGCAGGUCGAGCCCUCCCGGUCCACAUACUCCAAGAGGGGGACACCGCCCGAGCUCGUGACCGUCAACGCGGCAGGGGUGGCCUGGUUGACGUCGGGAAAGCUGGUGGUCACACUGGAGGAGGUGACGUGCGGGGCCGGAUAAGGAUGCGCAGGAUAGGAAUGCAUGCCGGAGGAGGAAACGGUGGAGGAGGCGAGGGAGGUGUUGAUGGCAGGGGGGGGCAGAUAAGCGCCCCGGGCGCCGGGCGGGAUCGAGGAGGAGAAGGACGGUGGGCCCUGAUACCGGGAAUGGGAAGCGUAGGCCCCCGUGCCGGAGCCAGCUUGGGAAACAGCGGCCUUGGGCCUCCCCCCCCCCUCGGGACCAGGGUUCACAGCGCCCGACGGGUCGAAGCCAUGCUGCUGUUGGGGGGAAUGAGGCGGCGGCAGGUUCGCGUGGUGCGGCGGCGGGUGAUUGUCGGGGUAAGGAGGGCCAUGGUAGGCAUGGGGCACUCGGUAAUGUCCCAGGUGCUCCGAGACAGGCAUGGCCAUCUCCCCGGGGCCCCCUCCCAGGCCGUAGGAAGGAUGGUGGGGGUAGUAAGGGUGCGUGGAGCCCGGCACAGUGUAAGAAGGGGGCUGGGGAUGCUGACGAGGGGAGCUAUUGCGGCCCGUCAUCCCUUCCGCGUACGGCCCCUCGGUACCUGGGCGCGAGAAGUGGGAGGGAUGGGGGUGGUGGUGGGAGGGCGGGUAGUGCCCGACCGUUUCCUCCCCCGCCCCCGGGCCGUAGGAAGGAGACGAGGCCUGCGGUCGUCCGUCCGACGUAUCCCUUUGGUACGGAGAGGAAUGUCCAGCGUGCGAUACAGGGAUGGAAGCGAUCGAGCCUUGGCGGCUCCGACGUCCGCCGCCAGGGUUGGGGGUGGGACGGUCGUAGUACGGCGGACAGGCCAUCGAAGGGAACAAGUGACGUGCUGGUGUGUAUGCGAUGUCCCCACAAAAAUUGGAUUUCCCACAAGCAGCCUGCACCGUACGUGGUGUGAGGCUUCUUCACACGUAAACCUAAGUUGGGGUUACCAAGACGUGUGGGCGCCCUGGGAGGCGAUGCAGCCCGUGUCCGGGUACCACACUAGAAGAACCUUGCUCUCGGGCCCUGUACCAACGAACUAGUCUUUGUACAUGGAGGAAGCCCCGCCUAUUGUCGCGUUCAUCGAAAUUGUGGACACUAGAGGCAAUAAAUGCUAGACGAACAGGCUCCAACAAGUCCUCAAGACUUUGGGGGACUGAUACCAAAUAUUAUGGCACCUCCUCCACGGUGAUAUAUAAGCACACCCAGACCUGU